CCAUCUGAAAAUUAUACAUACCUAUCUCUUUCUCUGUUUUCUUUCUCUCCACUUCACAACCUCACUCCUCAAAACCAUUCACUACUACCAACUUUCCUUAUCUCUAAUUUCUAAACCAUCAAAAACAUGAAAGGCAUUGAAAUCUUCUGUGCAUCACAAGCCUCAACUGCCAUAUGUCUUAACACUGAUCAUGCUUCAUCAUCUUCUUCUUCUUCCUCAAACACCAUUCAAUUUGGUGGUAGAGCCAUUGAUCGCCACAACCCCAUCAUCACAGAUCCAAAAAGAACUCCAUCAAGAGAUUUCACUCUCCCUACCUCUUCUUCUCCAUCGCCCAUCAACCCAAAACCUCUCCAUGAUCUCAAAAAAACCAAGAAAAAGAAAACUACUACAACGACUGAUAAAACAACUGAACAUAAACAUAUUGCUAAUAGUUUCACUUCAAAACCAUUAGAUAGUAUUCUAAGAAGGAGUUGGGUUAAACCACCUUCUGAUUCAAUCACUCCUCCUACUUCUUCAAGAUAUUUGCUUGAUGACAUAACUUCUUUAGAUGGUGUGUUAGAUUAUGACCCUGUUUUGGGUUUAACUAAGGUUGAUGAUAGCAAAAAGAAAGCUCAAGUUUUUCAUGAAGAUGAAAAUAAUCAUUCAUCUAAGCAACACUCUAGCUCCUCUCUUCCAAAGUCUACUUCUACAAACCAGGUUGUGGUGUUAAGGGUUUCUCUGCACUGUAAAGGCUGUGAAGGGAAAGUGCGGAAACAUCUUUCUAGAAUGCAAGGGGUUACGUCCUUCAAUAUAGACUUUGCAGCAAAGAAGGUUACAGUAGUUGGCGAUGUGACUCCUUUGAGUGUUAUGGCAAGCAUAUCAAAGGUGAAAACUGCGAAAAUUUGGCCAGAAACUGCUUCGCCAAAUGGAUCUGGUGCUGGUGAAACAAAGAAAACAAAUGCUAUGAUCUAGUUGAAGAGGAAAAUAGAGUGUUGGUGUUUUUGUAUGCUUUGAGUAUGAGUUAGGUAGUAAUUUAAUUGAUGUAAAUGCGAAUGUAAGCAAAAGUGUAGCAGUGGCUUUGAAGAGGUAUUAUUAUAAGAUUAAUCGAACUAUAGUUCGUGUAAUAAUAUAUAAUAUAACUUCAAAGCACUCAAAGGAAUGUUGAAUGACGAUGUUCAAACUUCAAAGCACUUUAGACACCCACCUUGCAAUCCAUGUUGAACGCCUCACAGGUGAUGCAAUGUAAGAUCAAAUUUAAUAUC